AUGAAUUCUUAUCGUCCUCGUAAUACUCGCUUACGACCAAAUCAGGUUCCAUCGAUUUACAGAAAAAGCAACAACAGCGAAUCUACCUUUACAUCAUCAACGGAUACGGAGAUGAAACGUAUGCAGAAUAGUCGAUAUACGAACGCUGAAGAUACACGAAAGGAAAAUAUAAGGAACCCAAAUACAAAAAGAAAGCUUCAAAUGACAUGUUCUGUCAAACAAAUUACAUGUUGUCUUUGCUUGAUCAUCACUCUUGCUCUUUUGGGAAGUGUAGCUAUUGGUUCUAUACUUGCCAUUCUUUUACCGCAUAAAACCACUCUGUCGACAUCAACAACGACCGCUACCACAGCAACAUCAACUACAUCAACGUCGACUACUUCAACUUCAUCAACAAGUUCUACGACCAGUACAAGUUCAACAUCGAGCACUUCGAGUACUAGUUCGACUUCAUCAACAAGUACUACCAGUAGUACGAGUUCAACAUCAAGCACUUCAACUACAAGUUCAACUUCAUCGACAAGCACUUCAACUACCAGUACGAGCACGUCGACAAGUACUUCGAGCACUAGUUCAACUUCAUCGACAAGUGCCACAACUAGUACGACUUCGACGACGAGCACCACAACCUCGACAAGCUCAUCGACAAGUUCUACGUCGAGCACAAGUUCAACAUCAAAGACAACAUCGACAUCAAGCACUUCAACUUCUACAUCAACAACAACGACGCCAUCAUGUGCCAGUGUUACCAAUCCUCCAGGAGAAAUUUUGGAUCUACUCUCGAAAUCUGCGUCGGUGACAUAUACACAUUACACUUAUAAUUUCACGGCAACUGACUCUUCAUCAACUCUGUCUUUUAUAGCAAAUGGUGAUUCUGGAGGGAAAGGUGGAUUCUAUUGGCUAUUAGACGACGUAUUUGUGAAUGAUCUGAACACAAGCACAAAUGUUCUUACUAAUGGAGAUUUCGAAACGGGAGAUUUAAGUGGUUGGUCACAGUAUUGUAACAACGAUGGCAAUUGCAAAAAUACGGGCUAUUAUGCCCAUACGACAACAAAUUCAUGUCGUUCAGGAAACUAUUGUGUUUACGAUUCAUGUGGCAAUUAUGAUUAUCUAUAUCAAUCCUUUUCUACUGUGAUUGGGAAUUAUUAUUUCAUAUCGUAUUAUCUCCGAUGUGGUGCUGUUGGAGGAGGUUCAGAGAUAUAUGUCACAUUAACCUAA